CAAAACAUUCCCAAUUGUUAGUUGUAAGAGAGACACUAAAAACAUAGACAAAGAAAAGCCUUAUCUUCUUCUUCCCCUCUCCCCCACCCACCGCUUAAAUUGCCCACAUAACUAAUUACACUAAUUUAUUCCUUCCCAUUACUCACCACUCACCCCUAAAAAUAUCCAUGGCUCCCAUUUCCAAUGGGAAACUAUCCCAAUUCUAAUUAGCUUAUCUCACCUUUCAUUUACUCCAUCAAAUCUUCUAAGUCGGCUUACAUUUUAUUUUUUUUGUAUUUUUUUUUAUUAAUUUUUUUUUUACUAUUAGUAUUUAAACCCAUUUCAUAUCUGUUCCCAUUUUCAUGGUACUUUUGUACUCUUUUCUUCUAGUACUUUCUCAAAAUCCUACUUAAAUUACUAUUAUUAGAUAGAUUCCUAUUCCCUUUGUAUUUUUCUACCUUACUCUGUUUUCUGAUCACUUGCAGAACUGCAGUCUUCAUAAUUUCUGUAUACUAUUACCCAGCUUUAUAAACUAUAACAUCAUAUUUCUUGAUUCUUAAAAAUGAACCAUUAUGUUCCAGAUUUCGAUAUGGAAGACGAUCAUCAUCUCAUUUCUAACUCUUCUAAUAUUACUCGUCAUAAGGCAGAAGAUGAAAUAAUGGAAUUAUUAUGGCAAGAUGGACAAGUAAUAGCACAACCACAAAACCAACGAAAAUCACCUCAAAUAACAGCGCCACCUCUUGCAGCGCCGCAACCACCACCACCUCAACAGCAGCAACAUCUUUACAUGGCCGAAGAUGAGAUGGCGACAUGGCUUCACUACCCUUUAGAAGAUCUUUACAGUGAAUUACUAUGUGAAAACCCAACAUCUCCUCUUCCUCCGCCGGAGCUAAGGCCAUCAAGAACAGAACCUUCGCUACAAACACCCUCAACAACCACUAAUUUUCAGUUGUUCUCCAGAAUGCGAGGAGGGAACAAUCUAGAAAGAUCAUCAAGUCUAAGGCCGGGAUCAACAGUUGUAGAGUCGAAUACAACACCGGCUUUAGCUACCAUGAGAAGUGUUGGAGAAGUUUCAUCUGCUUUACCGUUAGCGCACGGUGGAGAGAGGUUGGAGAAGGCUGGUAGUAGCGGUGGGUUGACGGUGUCGUCGUCAUCGGGGUAUAGUGGUGGUCCGGCGAAUACGAGGACGGUGAAUACGGAGGAAGGUGGUGGUGAGGGAGUGAUCAAUUGUGAGGCUGAGAAUAGAAAGAAAAAACGUAAAGAAUCAACUCCUCCUCCUUCCACAACCGCCGGUCAGGAUUUAGAGCAGCAUGAAGCUGAUGAUGAUGAAAAGAAACAUUCUGGAGGGCACUCCACAAAGAGAUCUCGCGCUGCGGAAGUUCAUAAUCUUUCAGAGAGGAGACGUCGAGAUAGGAUAAACGAAAGGAUGAAGGCAUUGCAAGAGCUCAUUCCUCGCUGUAACAAGUCGGAUAAGGCUUCGAUGCUUGACGAGGCGAUCGAGUACUUGAAGUCACUUCAAAUGCAAGUUCAGAUGAUGUCAAUGGGAUGUGGAAUGGUUCCAAUGAUGUACCCUGGAAUGCAGCAACAAUACAUGGCGCCAAUGGGAAUGGGUAUGGAUAUGGGAAUGACUCGGCCUGUGAUGCAAUUUCCAUCUACUGUGCCGGGUUCCAACUUGCCAGCUGCUCCAGCAGGGGCUCAAUUCGGACCCAGAUAUACUCUCCCACCUGUUAAUGUGGCUUCUGUACCCAUGCCCAGUUUCCCUGGAAACCAAACCAACAACCAAGGAGUAGACGUGCGUAGAGGAACGUUUCCUAUUCAGAGGCCUGCUAUGGCACAACUUCCUAACAUGACUGACCCAUAUCACCAAUACAUGGCAGUGCACCAAAUGCAGAUGAUGCAGAUGCAGAUGCAAAUGCAGCAGAUGCAAGCCGUGCAGAACCAAUCAAUGUCCCAACCUGGUUCAAGUAAGCCGAGCACGAGCAAAAGUGAACCCAAAACGGGGCUGAGCACAAGCACAAGCAAAAGCGAAGCCAAAGACGAUCAGUGAGGAGAGGUCUACAACUUGAACCAUAUAUAGGAAGCCUGCAAGUAACUGGGUUUUUGUAUAUUGCUGUCCUGGAGUACUUGUGGGUCAAUCUUCUGGUACUGCAGGUUAAAAAUUUUGGUUAGGUUAAUGGAAAGCUAUUGCCUGCCGAAGUUUUGUAACAUGAGCCACUGAUGAGAAACACGAAACUAACCCGUGAAAUGAGUAUCUCCGUCACUUGAUGUAAAUGUUUAUAAGCUAGAGAUUUAUUUUCGUGUUGGUUAGCUUGUGACGUGGUUUGGAGUGCAACAGAAUGCAGUGGUUUUUGCAAUUGGUAGAGAAAAUAAUAAUGAAUUUUCUACUGAUUGUGUUGCACCAUGCCAAACAGGUAACAACAGGAUUAGGGAUAGAAUUAUUAGAUACAACAGAAAGUAUGGAAUAUGCAUAAUUUAUGAACUGCUUUUGACAAUGAAAAUUUACAUUCCCUCCGA